AUGUGUUUCCUUCUGGAAGAACAUAUUUUUGCUGGUGCCAAAGCAAUUAAAGACCUGCCGCAGCAUCCAUCCGAUCACAACAAUACCAACGAUAAGGUGAGAAGCCAACUGAAUACGACAGAGAUUAUUAGAGACUUGCAGACUCGGUUGGCAAUGAGAGAAGAGCUUCUGACUGUGAAAAACGAACUCCUUAGAAAUAGAGACGAACAAAUCUCGGAUCUAAGGAGUCAGGUCAAGUCGAUGGAGACGACUCUAGCUGAAAGAUCUACUCAGCUUGCGGAAUGCCGGAAAGCUGAUGACAAUUUACCCGACUCGUGUCCCAGUGGCACUCCCAAUGGCAUUUACCAACUUAAGCUUAGAGGCCUCGAACCGUUUCAAGUUCCCUGUGUGUCGUCCCCUUCUGGCUGGACUGUAAUCCAGAGACGCCUGGACGGGUCCGAGAACUUCGAUCGAAACUGGGAGGAUUACAAGGAAGGGUUCGGAAACAUCAAGGGAGAGUUCUUCAUUGGGCUGGAAAAAUUGCAUCGAUUGACAGAGGCUCGACCCCAUGAACUCUACAUUAAGCUGGGGAAGAUUGAUGGAUCCACCAGCUACGCUCAUUACGACGACUUCAAAAUUGGCAGUGAGAACGAAUUGUAUGAGCUGAAGAGUCUUGGGAAAUAUUCCGGAGAAGCCGGAGAUUCUUUUAAAUACCAUGAAAACAGAAAGUUCACUACAUUCGAUCGGGAUAACGACGAAUAUGUGCAUAAUUGCGCUGCAAACGAGUACGGUGGUUGGUGGUAUAACGACUGUGGUACAAGUUCCCUCAAUGGAAAAUACUAUAAAGAUGGUCAAUUACCAGAUGGUCAGUUAAUUAACGGAAUAAACUGGGGCAUUUGGCAUGACUACGACUGGAAACAAUCACUCACCUACGUUGAAAUGAUGAUUAGACCCAAGUCGUUAUGA